CUUCUGCUCAUCGUGAUACCAGCACACUGAGUGCCUUUUGAGACUGAGAACACGGUUUGAUCACACGCGUGCUUUGACAGGUUUGUUUAUGCUGCACAAGCAUAGAAGAAGGUCACAAGACCACAUUUAACAAAGCGAGAGGAGGAGUGUCUUACGUUGUGCUGCUGUCAGAGGAGUGUGACAUUGAAUUGCUGCUGCAGUUAGUCGAUGGUGGUGGGCCGUCCUGAGCCUGACCUCUGGACUCUGUCCUGACUGAUCCUUUAGGAGCACAAGUGUCAGUGUCGCAGAGGUGAUGGCUCUGAACAUGUCUGGACGGUAUGAGGAGUCGCUGGUGACGUCGUCUUCACAAUGCGCCCACAAUAUGACCACAUGGGAUGAGCAGAUGUACCAGCUGUACACCUACUUCUACCUGUUCCUCUUCAUUCCCGGCCUGCUGCUCAACACCUUUGCACUGUGGGUCCUCUGCAGGCACAUAAGUAAGAAGACCAAGGCUGCGAUCUUCAUGAUUAACCUGUCGUUAGCAGACCUGGCUCACAUCCUUUCUCUGCCACUCAGGAUUUAUUAUUACUUCACACACACCUGGCCCUUUGGCCACAGCAUCUGCUUGUUCUGCUUCUACCUGAAAUUUUUCAACAUGUAUGCUGCUAUAGCAUUCCUGGUGUGUAUUAGUGUUCAGAGGUGUGUAUUCCUGCUCAAUCCAUUUGCAGCCCGUCGCUGGAGGCAGCGUUACGACCUGGCAAUCAGUAUUUUGGUGUGGGUGGUGGUCGGUGUGGCAUGCUCACCCUUCAUUCUGAUGCGGAACAGCACCAAUUCCAGCACUGGUGUCAAAACGCAAAGCAGCGUGGCGCACAGUGUGACGUAUUCUCUGGUUGUCAGCACCACCCUUCCACCAGUUGACACCACCCUCACCGUCAGGCCUGCAAGCAGCACCUCUAAACUCACCUGUUUUAAGGACUUGCCGAUACGUCGCCUGCCCGUCUCCACGGCCAUCACCGUGAUGGCUCUCGCGGAGCUGUUUGGUUUCUUGAUUCCUCUGGUUGCCAUUAGUUACAGCUCCAUCCGCAUCACCCGGUCCCUCAAACAAAGACAGUCUGAGGAUCAGCAAAACUCCACCAGGCACAACUCCUCAGCAUUCCUGCGUCUUCAGUCAGUCACCUCCACCUGUCAGGCAGACAGACAACCUCAAAAGCAAACAAACAGUGAGAAGAGGCGUGCACUGCGGAUGGUGUUGAGCUGCACCUGCCUCUUCCUCUUCUGUUUUGCCCCCUACCAUAUCAACUUCCUAUUGUACAUGAUGGUGUCACAGGACAUACUGUCUCACUGUGCUACCCGGCUGGCUGUGCAGCAGUUCCACCCGCUAUCACUGUGCCUCGCCAGUAUGAGCUGCUGCCUCAACCCCCUGCUCUACUACUUUCUGACAGCCGAAUUCAGGUCACACCUCACCAAGCGCACUUUCUCCUUCACCUCCUCAGCCAUGUCUUCCCCAGUCAGCUCCCCCUCCUACCACCCUGCGCUUAACAGAAUGAUGAGCAUGGAAAGCAGUUUGUCGGACAGAGAGUAGCAAUUGAUGCGUCACCCGCUUCCGUUAGAGGUGGGCAGAUCGAUCCUAAUAUCGAUAAUAUCGAUACCAGCGCUGGUAUUGAUAUUGAACGUUCCUUGUGUACAAAGAUUGAUAUUCAAGCUUUUUUUCUCUGCCGCACGCACUGACUGCUGCACAUGCAGAUUAAUCAAAGUCUACUCUCUGUCUGUAAGAGCAGCGCUGCGCUGUGUCACACAACACGGAGCAGCGCACCC